GUUCAAUUAAAAGAAGAUUUGGAUAUUUCAAGUUCAUUAACAAAAGAAAUUGAAGAUGAGGAUUCAUUUGAAGAACAGGAUGAAUUUAUUAUUUCAAAACAAUUACAGGCACAAAAUAGAAAAAAGAAAAAAUCGGGUGGUUUCCAAUCCAUGGGAUUUAAGGUUCCAACUCCAAUACAGCGCAAGACAAUACCAUUAAUAAUGGACGGUAAAGAUGUAGUAGGCAUGGCUCGCACAGGUUCCGGCAAGACUGCUGCAUUCUUGAUUCCGAUUAUAGAAAAAUUAAAAGUUCAUUCUGCAAAAGUUGGUGCUAGAUCGAUUAUAUUAUCUCCUUCACGUGAACUAGCUCUUCAAACACAAAAAGUAUGCAAAGAGCUCACUAAAUAUACAGAUUUGAGAACUUGUCUAUUAGUUGGUGGUGACAGUUUAGAGGAGCAAUUUGCGAUGUUUGCAAACAAUCCUGACAUUAUAGUAGCAACUCCUGGGCGUUUUCUUCAUUUAAUUGUGGAAAUGGAACUUGAACUUAAAACCGUUGAAUUUGUUGUUUUUGAUGAAGCAGAUCGAUUAUUUGAAUUAGGAUUUUCAGCACAGCUUCAUGAAAUAUUGCAUAGACUACCUCAAUCACGUCAAACAAUGCUUUUUUCCGCUACUUUGCCAAAAUCACUUGUGGAAUUUGCAAAUGCUGGUCUUCAAGAUCCAAGUUUAGUACGACUAGAUACAGAUACCAAGAUUAGCACCGAUUUAAUGAUGGCAUUUUUCUCCGUGAAACAAUUGGAAAAAGAGGCCGCAUUAUUAUAUCUUCUAUAUGAAGUCAUUAAAAUACAUCUUACUCCCACUUCAUCAGUCACUAUAUCUAAAAAUUCCAAUAAUAAAGACGACAAUUCAUCAAAUACAAUAUCACAAUCUUUGUUAUCUAAUCAAACAAUUAUUUUUGUAUCAACAAAACAUCAUGUUGAAUAUAUUACAAAUCUUUUGAACCUUUGUGGAUUUCAAACAUCUUAUAUUUAUGGUUCUUUAGAUCAAACAGCUAGGAAAAUACAAAUAAACAAUUUUCGUAGUGGUCGAACUAAUAUUUUAGUUGUGACAGAUUUAGCGGCUCGUGGAAUAGAUAUUCCAAUAUUGGAAAAUGUAAUCAAUUAUGACUUUAUAGAUAGUAGUAAAAUGUUUGUUCACAGAGUAGGGAGAACAGCUAGAGCUGGUAGAAAAGGUUGUGCUUAUUCUUUAAUUACACCUGAAGAACUUCCCUAUUUACUUGAUCUUCAACUUUUUCUUGGUCGUCGAUUAUUAAUUGGUUCGGCUGUAGAUUCAACACCUGAUUAUACUUCAGAUAUUAUUAUCGGAUCUUUCCCUCAUGACCUUCUGGGAUCUUAUAUGGAAUGGGUAAAAGGAAAACAACAGGAAGUUAAUGACUUAAAAUCUCUUUGCGAUGUGGCGAAAAAUGGUUAUAAACUAUUUUGUAAAUCUAAAUCAUCAGCAGCACCAGAAAGUUAUAAAAGAGCAAAGGAAGUUGUAGAUAUGAAUAAUUUGAAUGAUGUGCACGUUCUUUUUGCCGAUCAAGUAAAUGAUCAAGAAAAAAGUCGACUCAAUUUCAUAAAUUCAAUUUCAAAUUUUCGGCCACCUGAGACGAUUUUAGAACUAGGAAAUAGAGGGAAAAAAAAAACAUCAAUUGUAUCACCUAUAAUAAAGCAACGUAAAGAAACUACAGUGAAAGCAACAACCAAUACAAAGGAAAUACAAAUAAAUUGUGGAAGUGCAUCCAAUCGUCAUGAAGCCGAAGCAAAGUUACCAGAUGUUAGCAAAACCAAGAAACGAAAGACCGACAAUUCUACUAAAAUGUCUAAAAGGCAGAAAAGAGAUAAUUUUCGGGAUGAGGAAUACUAUAUUUCUCAUUAUCAAAAAGAUGCAAAUACAGAAAAGGGGAAAGGUUUAAGAUGGGAUAGUAAAAAGAAGAAUUUUGUUCGUGGUGAUGGUAUAGGGUCUGACAACAAGAAAUAUAUUAUCAGUGAAAAUGGAACAAAGUUACCGGCUACAUACAAAAGUGGGAGAUUCAUGGAGUGGCAACAGCAAAAUAAGUUAUUAAUACCUCGUACUGGAGAAAAAGAAAUACAAUCAGCGCGUUUUGACGUUAAAAAAUUUAGGCACAAAACACCAGAUUCUUCCGAACCCUCGGAUCCUCUUGCAAUUAAUCACGAGAAAAAACAAAAGAAUUCGAAAAAAGCAAAUUCCCGGAAUUCUGUCAAAGCCAAAAAUGAACUCAAAACUGUAGAACAAAUUUGCAAGCAAAGAAGAAUAAAAGAAAAACGAAAGUCUAAAAAUGCGAGACCUAGUCGAAAGGGACGACUCAAAAAAAGAUGA